AUGGAUGUUGGAUCGCGCGAUGCAUCCAAUGCUCCAAAUAUUGCGUCCAAACGAUGCUCUACGGGUUAUAAUCGUGUCAAACCAUCCUUCGACCCGGUAAACUAUUUGCACAAGAGACUAAAUAUAAUGCACGUAACAAUCGGAAAAUCAAGGAUUUUAGUCAGCCUAACGGGAGAUGCGCGAGCAGCUCACAAGCAUGCGACUUAUUGGGUUUGUGACAUUCAGACGCAACAGGGAAACAGAUUCCUUCCUACUCACCUCAGCCAAAGAGAAUCUAUCAGCUUGAUAACGUGCUCGCAGACGAGGCUGCAAGAUCGAAAAGAAAAAGCCCGAUGGUAG